CAAUUCGUGAUAUCCCUUCUCAAAUUACAAGAGCAUAGGUAGGAUACUGAUUCGUCAACUUUGAGUUUUGUCUGCUCUCGUUGGCUGUAGUUUGUAGUACACGUCAGCAGACAACUUCUAGUCAUCCCCUUGAACACGAACUGUCUUUUUCCUCUUCCUGGUUUCUAGCUUUUUUAUGACACAUGACAAUUUCUGUAAGGGGCUGCUAUGCUUACCUAAAUGAACGUGAGGCAAAUGUCAUAGUCUACUUCGACACACACGCUGAGGAUCUCUACGAAACAAUGUGUUGAAUGCGCAUUUGAAGACUUUCUGCAGAAACCAACGCAGCGAUUAAUCUAAAACGGACACGUUUUAUAACGCACGUCUAAACAAUGAACACGAAUGUUUGUUUGUGCUCCCAUCUGUAGCCUGCAAGCGAAUUCAUGAAUGUUUGUAGCUCAAUGUGACAAAAUGAGAUUUAGACUUCUCCGACGAAACAUAAUUGCCUUUGUGCUCGUCUCCUUACUUGUGCUAAUUUUAAUAUAUACCAAACUAGCUAUAGUCUCAGAUAAACCUCCGGAGACUCCACCUCAGGACCCCAACACCCAAGCCACUGUCAUCAGUAAGUUUCAGUAUGGAUCAGUCAUGGACAUGCGCACAUCAGUAUAUGACAGUAACUUCAAACAAGUUAUUCAGAAUGAUGGCAAGUUCCCAGGUGACCCCGAAGUGGUCAUUGUUGUGCAAGUUCACAACAGACCAGCUUACCUCAAAAUGUUAAUUCAGUCAUUGGAAAAUGCUGCAGAUAUUCACAAGUUUCUGAUCAUCUUCAGUCAUGACUAUUUUUCCCAGGAAAUGGCCGAUGUAGUUCAGGCGAUCACCUUCUGCAAGGUUUUGCAAAUUUAUUUCCCUUACAGCCGACAGCUCUAUCCAAAUGAGUUUCCUGGACAGGACCCAAAGGACUGUUCACGGGAUAUAGCCAAGGCUGAUGCCAUCAAAUCAGGAUGUCUCAAUGCUGAGCACCCAGACUCCUACGGUCAUUACCGGGAGGCUUCUAUCACACAGACUAAACAUCACUGGUGGUGGAAACUUCAUUUUGUGUGGGAACGGGUACAUGCUCUUCAGGGAUUCAGCGGUUUCACCAUCUUCAUUGAGGAGGACAACUACAUCCUCCCUGACUUUUAUCAGUUCUUCAAGGGCAUGUUAGAGCACAGGAAGUCUGACUGCCCGGACUGCGAUAUGCUGGCCCUGGGCAACCACGAUGGCCUGGGACGCUUUCAGGAAUUGUCAGGCAAGCUGGAGACCGCGAGCUGGCUGUCAACGAAGCACAACAUUGGCAUGGGCAUCUCCAGGGAGGUCUACUACAAGUUGAUGGGCUGCAACAACGAGUACUGCACCUACGAUGACUACAACUGGGACUGGACCCUGCAGAACCUUUCUGGGACGUGCAUCUCCAAGCCCCUGAAGGUGCUUGUGGCACGUGGCUCCAGGGUUCUGCAUACGGGCGACUGUGGCAUGCACAAGAAGGAGGCCUGCCGCCCUGAACAGGCCCAGGUGAAGGUGCAGGAGUCGCUCCAGCAAGGAAAGCCAGCCUUUUUUCCAAAUACUCUCACCGUGACAGACCACGGCCCUGCACAGCACCAGCCGCACAUGAAAAAUGGAGGGUGGGGGGACAUCCGGGACCAUGCACUAUGCAAAAACUAUGCCAAACGUCUCUAAGCCAAGGGCUUCCUUUAUUGUUUCCUCAAAAAUGUUUGGGGUGUUAAGUGCCAUUAAGAUCAUUAGAGCAAGAAGUUGCUGGAAAAAUGUUUCAUUUACUGUAACUCACAGUGUCUUCCAAAGAUGCAGGUGGGCAAAAAGAGAUACCACGCAUCACUAUUUCAGGAAUGUAAAUCUUAAUUUUUCUUUAAAAAAAAAAAAAGAUGAUGUGAUAAGUGUAAUUAAAUGGUAAGAUUUUGAUAGCCUGUGAUCUGUGAGUAGGUUUGCUUUCUGACCAUAGGACUUUUUUUUCAUUAUGUGGGUUUUUUUCUCUCUCUCUUCUGUCGGCCAACGCUACAAAACAAAAGUGUAUUGAAGCGAAAUCAUGGCUGUAAAAGACCAUCCAAGUGCCAUAUUAAUUGCUAUAAUCCGUCCCAGUCUUUCACAUUUCACCUUCUGUGAGCACUCUUUGAACUUCCAUUCUGCACUGAGCUAUUUUGUGACUGAGAGAAAAUACAUUCCAUAAAUGUAGCCUUCUUGAAUAUGUAAAGCCUUAUUUCUAAUUGAAAUACACACAUUUUAAUCAAGCUAGUGUAAGAAGAUUGAAUGUCCACCUUUAUUCAGUGUCUUUCCAUGUGUGCUUUUAUGCUUUGUUUUAUUUUAUUUUGAGUAAGGGUUGGCCAAUGUAAUGUUAGCUUGAUUGUGGUUAUCUGAUAUCUGUUUGCCAUCCUUUGCAUGGAUGUUUACACUGAGGAAAUCACACGGAAAAUAACUGUUGCUUCACAUGGUACAAGAGUUUGGUUCCAAAACACAUAUCUCCAUUUUAACAUUAAUAAGUAAUGUUCUUCAAUUGUGUUUUUCCGGUAAUAACAAUACAAUUGCAGUUGUGUUGUUUUUAUUUAGUAAAGAAUACAUUAAAUAACAAUACCCAAUUACAGUUCUACUGAAAUUGCUUGGAAAACAAAAACAAAAAAUGAUCUGAAUGAAUGAAAAUGGAGGAUGUAGCGUUUUGGACACAAACUCUUAAGAUGUUUUGCUUUUAUGGGCAUUUCUGGUAAUAUACUAUUGACAACACAACGGGACAUGUAUUCUAACAGUGGAAGGAGGCUUUAGUUGAUGCUUUAUCUGCUUUGCAGUUGUUUCAAAGGUCUCUGUUGUGUUUGUCUUUCUUUGUGAAAUGUUGGUUUUGCUGAGCUGGACAUCUGCGCUUUCCUCCAUACUGACCUUUGUCCUACAACAGGAAGGUGUGUUUCCUCUUGGUCAGCGCCCAUAGUUGCACUAUCGCCCCCAGCACCUACCACUGUGAUUACACUGUUGCAAGUCCUCUAGCGAGCUAUCACACUGUGAUGUACGUCAUCAAUGCAUUAUCUUUCUCACAAAGAGUGCCCCCCCCCCCCCCACACACACACCACUUCUGUUGCCUUAAAGAGAUUUAUUGUUUUCAACCAGGAGAAAUGUGCCAAGGAAAUGUUCCAUAUCUGGACCCUUCUUCCUUUCCUUUAACUUCCAGACCAAUUCACUGAUGAAAGCCAUAAUCUGAACUGUCUGUGUUUCUAUGCAUGUCCUAUUUUUGUGUUCAUUAGGAUGUUUUGAUUUGUUUUGACUGUAAAAUCCAAAGAUGAGUCGGUGGUGGAGGGAUGGCAUGGCCUAAAUGUAAAUAAUCUUUUAAAAAUAUCUAAAUGACAGCUGUGGAAUAUGUUGACAGUGAUUUCUCAGACUGCCACUGACUGUAAAUAAACAUGAGAAAUUACCAGUGCCCUACA